AUGGAUUGCAAGCGUUCCUCUACUUCGUCAAUGCCAUUUUUUGCAGGUGACGGUAUUGAGACAGCAUCUGUUUCUUUCUACGAGGAGUCCCCAUCUAUGCCACAUGACAGUGAAACUGCCUUUCUGCAGGGGUUUCCAGGCGAAAGCAGUGGUGAGUCAAUGCGUCUGGCAGACACCCAGUGUUCUUACUGCCGCCGUGGCAGCAAUGGCUGGCGGUGCGCAAAAAACGAGGCAAACCUUUUGCCUUGGCACAGUUUAGAACAACAGUGUGAUUUGGCGGCGAUGCAACUGCUGGAGCAAGGUCGCCAGCAUCAUAGCCCCAAUGGGCGGCGGCGGAGUCAGUUUGAGCCGUUAACGGGGAUGACUGAUUUUAUUGCUGAGCGCAGUUUGGAGGAGUGGGGAGACAGCGACAACGGGGACGACCCCGUAUUGAAGGCUUCGCCAGCGAUUCCUUUGGCAUUGUCGACGCGCCCGCCUUCUGUUGAUGUUCAAGGAGCAGCGCAGCAGCAGGAGGAUACCCUUAACGAAUUGGAUGAAAGUUACCCCGAAAUGCCCGAAAACAAAACGAAGAUGACGAUUAUGUCACCGCGUGCAGACUCUUGUAAAGAGGGUUUGGGUGCGUCGCGUCGAUGUCGGCUCGAUGACCUUGCCGAGAGGAUGGAGGAAGGAGUUGAGCAACUUGUAUGUGAGGAAGGGGACAGUUUUGGCGAUGCCUCCCCACCGUUGUAUAUCUUUGUUGCCCCACCUUCUGCACCUGCGGACGACGAUGCGUCGGCGAGGCACCGUGAGGUAAGUCCCGGGGAACACACACAAAUAAAUGUGAAGGGGGAAGUUCAAAACCAUGAUGGGAAAUGCGAACGAAACCCCAGUGGAUCUUCUGGCACCAGACACUUUGGCCUGUUAAAACCACAACCACUCUCUUCACCCCCGCCAUGGAAGGUGGAGCUGCAAGGAACACCGUCAUCAAAGUGGCGCGCAAAUUCUUUACCGCCUCAGACGUUAUCUGACCGCUUUCUGACACAUUUGAAUGAAAAGUCAUUCUCGGUUGAUGCCGCGUGGAAGAGCGCCACUGCGCGCAAAUAUCAACAGCGUCAUUUGCUUUGCACGCCAUCGACGAAGAACAUCUUCUUGGAUUUUGGCUCACCGUGUCGCCCCAGGAGUGCUGUCAUAGGUUCCUGGCGCAGCUUGAGUUCUCACUGCAAACGAGCAGGACUGAAGACCCCUGAGGUGCCAUUACUUCUCAAAGGAAGUGGGUAUGGGCUUUUUGACUCCUGA